CCACUUCAGACGGUACCAAGGAAGGUCUCGAGAACUUGAAAGGCGGCGCCUGUUUGUCCAAAGGGAUGAAGGUGAUGCUGAAAGUCGGACAGCAUCGCAACACGGGUUCCAAAUCCCAGAAUUCCAUGCCCGCCACUCCCGCUGAGAAGGACCGAGGGAUGCCGGGUGCCGCCGAACCGAACAAGGAAAUGGUCCCAGGACCCCCAUCUGGAAACACGACCGGGAAAGUUGGUGGUGAGAACGGUCCAUUGCCGCAGUCGAACGUACCCAUCAUUGCUGGCGCUGCCGGAGGAGCAGCCUUCGUGUUGCUGGUGGCUGCGGCAGUGACGGGGGCCCUGUGUUACCGCCACCACCGGGCCAAGCACAGUGAGUCCCACCACCCGCCGUUGUCUCUCAGCACCCUGACCAGCCCCAAGCGAGUUGGGGGCGGAGGGGGCGCCAACAACAACGGCUCGGAGCCGAGCGAUAUCAUCAUCCCGCUCAGGACUUCAGACAGUGCGUUCUGCCCACAUUACGAGAAGGUGAGCGGCGAUUACGGCCACCCUGUCUACAUCGUGCAGGAGAUGCCACCGCAGAGCCCGGCCAACAUCUACUACAAAGUAUGA